GACCCUUUAUUGCUCUUUUCCAAAGGCCCCCAUUUCUUGCCAGUUUCCUCUGCAUAUAUAUUCCAGCGCUUUAUUCCGCCGUUGAAUCCCUUCCCUCCACCACUCAACCACCUCUCUCUCUCUCUCUCUCUCUCUCACACACACACACAUCACAUAGUGAAUCCCGUGUUUUUCGUUCUCGGCACUUGUUAUACGAAAUCACGAACAAAAAUACUCACGGGAUUAUACGAAAGAACAAUUUUUUUUUUUUUCGAGGUUAUAUGGACUCGGGAACAUUAGCCAUGAGAGCUGUGUCUUCUUCUUUGUUUUACAAUUCUCCGAAACCCAAAUUCAACCAUUUAUCUAAUCCGGUGAGGAAACCUGUUAUCAGAUGCAUUUAUACACGAAACCCAUGUUUGAAUUCUUGUUUUUCUGUGAAACCAACCUCUAUAACGCCCUUUUCUUGCUCUGCCGUUACAUCGCCUCUCCCGGGUAGUGAUAAUCUAGCCACUGCAGAGGCUGCCACUGGCACCAGAGCCACCACCGAGGCAAGGCUGCAUCUUCUCAUCCAAGAAUUCGAAACACUUCUCGAACCUGUGGACCGUGUUAAAAAGUUGUUACAGUAUGGAAAUCUAUUACCUCCUUCCGAACAAUCAUUAAAAACCACUGAAAAUCGUGUGCCGGGGUGCACUGCACAGGUGUGGCUACAUGUAUCACUCGGUAAUGAUAACAAAGUGAGGUUCUUGGCUGAUAGUGAUUCGGAAAUAACUAAAGGUUUCUGUGCGUGCUUGGUUUGGUUGCUCGAUGGAGCCGAACCGGAAGAGGUGUUGGCGCUGAAAACAGAGGAUUUGGAGGCAAUUAAUGUGAUGGGCUUGAAUGGGAAAAGGGGUUCUUCUACGAAAAGUAGGGCGAAUACUUGGCACAAUGUGUUGGUUAGCUUGCAGAAGAGGACCAAAGCAUUGGUUGCUGAGCGCGAGGGUAGGCCACGUGGUGAGCCAUUCCCGUCUCUGAUUGUGGAUGUUGAUGGGAUUCAAGCCAAAGGAAGCUAUGCCGAAGUUCAGGCGAGAUUUUUGUCCCCUAACGAAGUAAAAGUUGAAGAGCUUGCAAAUCUGCUCGAGGAGAAGAAAAUUGGUGUAGUUGCACAUUUCUACAUGGACCCUGAGGUCCAAGGAGUUUUAACUGCUGCACAGAAGCUCUGGCCUCAUAUCCAUAUAUCUGAUUCAUUAGUUAUGGCAGAUUCAGCUGUCAAAAUGGCUAAAGCUGGAUGCAAAUUCAUCACUGUUCUAGGUGUAGAUUUUAUGUCUGAAAAUGUUCGAGCAAUCCUUGAUCAGGCUGGAUAUACUGAGGUAGGAGUGUAUAGGAUGUCGAAUGAACGCAUUAGUUGCUCCUUGGCUGAUGCUGCAGCCAGUCCUGCAUAUAUGGAUUAUCUUUCGAAGGCUGCAGCUUCCAUUUCCUCCCCCUCUUUGCAUGUGGUGUAUAUAAAUACUUCACUUGAGACCAAAGCAUAUUCUCAUGAAGUUGUUCCAACAAUAACCUGUACGUCUUCUAAUGUUGUGCCAACCAUUCUACAGGCGUUUGCACAAGUACCUAACUUAAACAUAUGGUACGGGCCCGAUACCUAUAUGGGCGCAAAUAUCAUGGAGUUGUUCCAACAGAUGACCAUAAUGAGUGAUGAAGAAAUUGCUGAUAUACAUCCACAACACAACAGAAACACAAUUAAAUCUUUGCUGCCCCGCCUUCAUUAUUUUCAGGUAAAUUUAGUUACUAAGAGAGGAUGAUUUCAACAGUUGCAU